UAUUCCAUCCAAGAUGGCGCCUGCUUACUUUAUGUGCAAGUGUUUAGUAUCCAACUUGGACUCUUAUGUUUAGAAGACUAGUACAGCUUAUUCCUGGCAUAGCGGCGUUUUCUAAACAUCUGGAUUUUCAACCAAGUCGCUUAGAACCGUGUGGGAAAAAUCAAUGUAAGACAAUAUUGGCUUGGUACUUGUCGAAGUUUGCUGUGAGUUCUAAACGUAGAAUGGAAGGGAAGACGGUUUUGGCGGACACUGAAGGAUUUAAGGCUAUUCAUACACCAGAGCUUCUUCGUCUCUCAUCCGUUUUCACUAAGCAUGGUUACGAGCUGAGAAUUGUCGGAGGGGCAGUUCGAGAUUUAUUGAUGGGCAAAUUGCCUAAAGAUAUCGACCUGUGCACAAAUGCAACCCCAGAACAAAUGAUCAAGAUGUUCAAAGACGAGGAGAUACGAUGCAUUGAGACAGGUCUGCAACACGGAACUCUUACAGCACACAUAAACAAAACUGACUUUGAAGUGACAACGCUUAGGAUUGACGUAGAAACUGAUGGUCGUCAUGCCACAGUCAAGUUUACUAAUGAUUGGCAGCUUGAUGCAGAAAGGAGAGACUUGACAUUUAAUGCAAUGAGUGUUGACUUAACGGGGAAUCUUUAUGACUAUUUUAAUGGAGAGAUAGAUCUCAGCAAGGGUCAUGUAAGGUUUGUUGGGGAUGCAAGGCUCAGAAUCAAGGAAGACUAUCUUAGGAUCCUACGUUACUUUAGAUUUUAUGGCAAGAUAGCAACAGAACCAGAUAAUCAUGAUCCAGAUACCUUGGCUGUUAUAAAAGAACUAGCGGAGGGGCUAAGGAUCAUAUCAGUGGAACGAAUCUGGCUAGAAGUGUCUAAAAUACUGAUUGGUAACCAUGCCCAACAUUUGCUCCAGAUGCUUUAUGAUUUAGGAAUUGCAAGCAAUAUAGGUUUGCCAACCUAUGAUGCUUCCUGUAUGACAGAAUUCCACAGAGCUUGGAAAGAAAGCCAAAUAUUCUCUCUUCAACCGGUAACCCUUCUUUGCUGUCUUGUCAACACUGCUUGUGAGGCAGAAAUCUUGGCAAGACAUUGGAAGCUUUCAAAUGCUGAGAGAAACCUUGGAAAGUUCAUAACAGAGCACAGAUUGCCCAAAGAACAUGAAACCCCAUUGAAACCAUACCAAGAUAUGCUUGUCGUAAGCCCCAGUGCCCAAUCAAAGGGAACCCUCAGGGGCCAUAUAACAGAAUUACUGCACUACCAAGGGCGACAUGAGCUAGGUGAGGCUAUUGCCUGCUGGAUUAUUCCAUCUUUUCCUGUCACUGGUGAUCACUUGAAGAGCAUUGGUCUGAAACCAGGUCCAGAAUUUGGCCGAACUUUGAGUCAAUUAAAGCAAAUGUGGAAAGAAAGUUAUUAUGUUGCUACCAAAGAGGACUUGCUCGAAAAGGCCCAUCAUAUGAUAAAACGGUGAUCAUAGUCAGCUCAUAUCUAGCUCAAGCUGCAUUUGUAAUAAAAUAUGUAAGGGAAGUAAGGGUUUGAGUUCCCAAUAAUGUAAAAAAUGUUUUGUAAAAUUUCUAAAACAUUAUUUUCCAACUUAUAGCUGGUGUAAAAGGUUAGUCUAAUAACUCAAAAUGCUUCUUUUUAGUUUUUAGAUUUAAUCAAAGGAUUGAAGGCAAUUUUUUUUAUAAGUAAGGGGAUAACCAAGUAGAACUUUUAAUUUAGAAAAAUUUUGAUAUUUGUUUUAUGGCCAUGUAAGCUUUGUGUCCA